UGUAUUCAUGACAGCAACAUGAAAUUCGACAACAUUCUCUCGGAGAUCAAUGGAUUUGGAAGAUUCCAAAUCCAGCUGGUCUUGAUUCAGAUCCUCGCGCGCAUUACGCUGCCAUGUCACUUUAUGCUGAACAACUUCAUGGCGGCUGUUCCCGCUCACCACUGCAACGUCAGCGCUCUGGACGAUGGACACUUUUUCGGGAAUUUAACUCCGUCGGAGAAGCUGGUUGUUGGUGUUCCAGCAGAGCAGGACAGGACUCUGAGCUCCUGUCAGAUGUUUUCUCAGCCUCAAUAUCAACGCCUGUCAGAGUCGAACAGCAGCGAGGAGGCUUCAACUGUUCAGUGUCGUAAUGGAUGGGUGUAUGACAACAGCACCUUUAGAUCUACUUUGGCGACAGAGUGGGAUCUUGUGUGCAGCAGAAAAGGGAUGAACAAGGCAACAGCCACUGUUUUCUUCAUCGGGGUUAUGUGCGGAGCCCCUUUGUUUGGAUAUCUAAGUGACAGGUUUGGGCGACGGCCGCUUCUGCUGGUCUCUUACGUGACGUCCAUGACGUUUGCGCUGCUCAGUGCUUUCUCCCCGACGUAUAUAAUAUUUUUCAUCAUGAGAUUUUUUACAGGAAUGUCGCUCGCAGGAAUAAGCAUCAUCUCCAUCGUUCUUAACGUGGAAUGGUUCAGCAUUGAACACAGGACCUUCUCUGGUAUAAUCAUAAGUCUGGACUGGACUAUUGGGAACUGGCUUCUGGUUGGAUUUGCAUAUGGUAUAAAUGAGUGGAGGAGGCUAAUUCUCAUGGUGACCGCGCCCCUGAUACUGUCCAUAUUCACUUGGAGGUGGCUUCCAGAGUCUGCAAGGUGGCUCUUGGCAAAGGGGAGGACAGAAGAGGCUCAUCAUUACAUUAUGGAAUGUGCCAAGACGAACAACAGAACCGGAUGUAUGGCCACCAUCACACCAUUGACAUUAGUGGAAUCUGCCCAAACGGAAACUGCAGACAGGAAGUACACGUUUGUGGAUCUUUUCAGGACUAGAAAUAUUAGGACACUUGCUAUUUGCUCGGGGGUUGUAUGGUUUGGUGUUGCAUUCACAUAUUAUGGGAUAUCACUGAACAUAACCGGAUUUGGACUUAACCCAUAUCUCACGCAGUUUAUAUUUGCCAUCAUUGAAAUGCCGAUGAAGAUUGGUGUGUAUUUCUUCCUGGAGAAAAUUGGUAGAAGACCUGGCGAGGUGGGCGCCUUGCUGUUGACGGGGUUGUGUCUCUUCAUCAACAUAUUCGUUGCAAAAGAUCAAUGGGUCACUCGAACUGUGAUAGCAGUCCUUGGAAAAGCCAUGUCAGAGGCCGCGUUCACCAUCAUGUUCCUCUACACAACUGAACUCUAUCCUACGGUCGUACGGCAGAAUGGUUUAGGCUACACCUCGUUUUUGGCACGGCUCGGCGUGUCCAUAUCCCCGCUCAUCAUGCUGCUGGAGGACGUGUGGCAUCUCCUCCCCCCGGCUGUUUACUGUGCAGUGGCAGUCGGGUCUGGUUUAGUGGCUUCGCUCCUGCCUGAAACAUUAAACACCCGACUGCCAGAGUUCAUUGAAGACAUUGAGAAACCCAGGUAA